CCAGUGCUCCUGUACGACCAGGGCGGGGGCAGGCACAGGCGCGGGGAGGCCGAGGCCGAGGCCGAGGCCGAGGAGUGGGAGGCCGAGUCGGUGUUGGGCACCCUGCUCCAGAAGCUGCGGGAAGAAGGCUACCUGGCCUACUACCUACAGGGUGGCUUCAGCAGAUUCCAGGCCGAGUGCCCUCAUCUAUGUGAGACCAGCCUCAGCAGCCAUGGUGGCCCAAGCAUGGCCCCAGUGCCCAGCCCAGUGGUGGGGCUCGGCGGCCUGUACCUGGGCUCCGAUUGCUCAGAUGGGGAAUCCGAGCCCGACCGCGACUCCAUGAGCUGUGGCCUGGAUUCGGAGGGCGCCACACCCCCCCCAGCGGGGCUGCUGCCAUCCUUCCCCGUGCAGAUCCUGCCCAACCUCUACCUGGGCAGUGCCAGGGAUUCGGCCAAUGUGGAGAGCUUGGCCAAACUGGGCAUCCGCUACAUCCUCAACGUCACCCCCAACCUCCCUAACCUCUUUGAGAAGAACGGCGACUUUCACUACAAGCAGAUCCCCAUCUCAGACCACUGGAGCCAGAACUUGUCUCAGUUCUUUCCCGAGGCCAUUGCGUUCAUCGACGAGGCUUUGUCCCAGAACUGCGGGGUGCUUGUUCACUGCCUGGCGGGCGUCAGCCGCUCUGUCACCGUCACCGUGGCCUACCUCAUGCAGAAGCUCCACCUCUCGCUCAACGAUGCCUACGACCUGGUCAAGAGAAAGAAGUCCAACAUCUCACCCAACUUCAACUUCAUGGGGCAGCUGCUGGACUUCGAACGCAGCCUGCGGCUGGAGGAGAGGCGCGCCCGGGAGCAGGGCAGCGGCGGGCAGGAGUCUGCCACCUCUGACCCGCCCUCCUUCUUCACCACCCCGACCAGCGAAGGCGUCUUCGAGCUGGACGCCACAUAGGGCCCUGGGUCGCCCCCUAGUGGGUGCUCCCGAUCACCCAUGUGCUGGGGAGGAGGCGGGAGGGGGAUCAGCCUAAGCGGCGGGGGUGGGGGGGUGGGGUGGGGGUGGGGGGAGCGCUCAAUACCUCAUGUGGGGGCUGUGAGUCGAGGUGGGAUCUGGGAGCCCCUCCAGGGUGGCGUGGGGAGAAACCUGUCCUACCCACUCAAAACAUCCACGGGGAAUCCUAUUAAACGUGCCUAUGGGCCGGGCCUGGGGCCAUCAGCCUGACCCGCACCGAUUUGGGGCGGAACCACGCUCCAGACCCUGCCUCUUUCGCGACUGUUACUUUCUCCUUUGGGGAGUGGGGGAUGGGGAUAGGUAUUCCCAUCCGGAGAAACUUUUCCAGGUGGCUGCCAGUUCCCAGGGCCCAGGCCCUGUGUGCUUGGCCAGCUUGGCUGGGCCCCGAGCCUCUCGUGGUUUCCCUCUUCAGGAAUGGCGUGUGCCUGUUCCGGCCACCUCAUUUGCCACAGGGACCUGCUCCCAGUCCCAUCCCUGGACCCAAAUGGCUGCUCAUGGGGAGGGGCUCACCAUUACCACCAGUGUAGUCACCCUCUCCCACCCCCUGCCCAGAGGGCUCGGGCCUCUUGGGACUGGGGGCCUCCCAGGGGAUGUGGACUUGGAGGCACAGUGGCUGCCCCACAUCCAUGGGCACAGCCCCUUUCUGGGUGGUUCCUGGCUGGGCAGCGCUAGAGGGGAGGGCGCUGGCCUGGGAGCCGCUGGGCGGGUUCCCGGCCACACAUCUGGCGCCCUGACUGUUUAUCCACUUGACAUUUGAAAAGAUGCUUUUUUUCCUCUUCCCCCAGAUGUCUUGACAGGAUCACUGGGGCUCUUUGUGACUGAGGGUGGUCAAACUGCCGCCGGAGGAGAUGGGGUCUCAAAGCAAGAGCUGGGGGUGGGGGAGGGGGAGAAGAAGGCCUGGAUUUUGCCACUGUGGGUCCCACACAGCCAUGGUUGGUUUGGGGGGCGGGGAAGGGGCCAAGCUGCACACACACAGUCAUUCAUUUCAGUACAUACCCUUCAUGGGCGGCGCACACGCGUGUGUGUCUGUCUGUAUCAAUGCUCACACAUGCACACUAGCCAGCAGUCCCUGGGACUCACCCUUCGGAAGCCACACCAUGGUUGCUUUCUUUAAUUGUUCCUGAAUAAACGGUUUCCGUAAGA